UGCCGUGCUCCCCGGCAGGUAGGGAGGGCUCCCCAGGGCACGGUCUUCCGAUGUGGCGGCUGUCGCGGACCCUCGGCCGGGUCGGAGGGCCGUGCCCCGCGGGCGGAGGCGGGUGCUGGGCCCCGGCGUGCCUCGCCGGGUGCCCGCAGCGAGCCGGGCGCUGGCUGGCCGUGGGGUCCCGACACCGGGCGGCGCGGCCGGCCGUGGACUACAACUCCCAGCGCUCCGCGGCGCGGCCCUCCGGCGGCGGCCGAGGAAACGAAAGCGGCCGCUCCGGGAGCCGACUUCACCUUCAGGCCGCAGCAUGAACGGCAGCGUGGCGGGCGGCGGCGGCGGCUUCUCCGAGGAGAUCAUCAACCUCACCCGCAGAUCCUCGGGGCUGGGCUUCAACAUUGUUGGUGGGACAGAUCAGCAAUACAUUUCCAAUGACAGCAGCAUCUAUGUCAGCCGGAUCAAAAAGGAUGGGGCAGCUUACCUUGAUGGCCGAUUACAAGAAGGAGAUAAAAUUUUAUCGGUUAAUGGCAGAGACCUGAAGGAUUUGCGGCACAAGGAUGCUGUGGAACUGUUCAGGAAUGCAGGCUGUGACGUGUCUUUGAAAAUUCAGCGCAGGUUACAGCCACAGAAUGGCCCUGUGGGUCAUCGAGGCGACGGAGAAUCAGGUGGGCUUCCUCUAGCAGCCAUUCUUGUGCCAGGCCUGGCGCUUGCUGCUACAGCGGUCUGGAUCUUGCUGAGGUAUCGACAGCGGAUGUGAAGAGUUCAUGUUUUGGAUAUCACUGCGUAUUUACACAGCUAUGAUGUAAUUUAAAGAUAGAGAAUCAACGAUCUUAUCACAGACUGAUGUCAAAGAGGAUCAUUGCCUAUCAUAAAGCUGCUGCUGAUGUUCUCUAUAUGUUGAUUUUGUUGCAGGGUGGAUGGAAGCAGAGAGGAAAAGGGGAAGGGAGAUGGCUGUUCACAUAGAGGGUGAGAUAGCUGUUUUUUUGACUAAUCUGAGGAGGUUUUGACAUCCCUCUCUAUUUUGCACCAUGAACUUUCAAACACUCAUCUAUACCAUGUUUUAAGAUAUGCGAUUUGGUUAAAGGGAGUGGGGGUUGGGGUGGUUUUAAAUCAGAAACAUUUACAAGAGGCUUUGCCUUGUUUCCACUGUAUUUUUCUUGAAAUUAAUGAACCCUGUCUGAACCAUGAAUAAAGAGAAGCAACACAGAGGGUAUAUUAUUUUUUCCACUGAAUUUCUGUUGGUUGUUGCUAAAUAAAUGCCUUAGGACAAACGUACAAAAUCUGAUCCAUGGCUUCACAGGUAAAAUCAUCAGUAUACCUGCUGAUUUAACAGUAAUGUGCAGUAUUGAUGAGGUAUUCUACCAGUUCUAGGAAGAUAGAAGAUAACCUGCUGAUUGACUGCUAAUUGUUGGGUCAGAACUGUAAGAGAAAGCUUUCCACAAAAUGCUAGCAUACCGGAGAGAGACCAGCAGAUAACUGAAUCACAAGGAUAAGCAGUGGCAAGAGAUUUGGGCAUGCUGAACCCGCAGAAGUGUCUUUGAAUUAGUAAUGAAGCAGUAUUCCCUCUCUCCGUCAAGUGGGUUGAAGUCUGCAUCGCUCAGGUUAAAGGUCUCUUUUGGGGGUUAUUUUUGUGUUGGGAAUACUUCAAACAAAGUUUUCUGUAGCAGCUAACUUGCUUUCUGCAGUCAGAGAAUCUUACAAUGAUUGAAAGGGAGAAGCCAAGAGAGACUGGGAUCAUCUUGGGUAUUGCUUGUUUGUGAAGACUGAUGUGAUUUCAGGAGAUAGAUUGGCAGAUGUAUGCCAGGGUAAGGCUUAGUGAGUAAAACCAAAGGGAGAGACCCUUGCCCUGGAAAGCAUGUUGCUGAAUUUACCUGCAGGGUCUCAUCACUGUGAUUUGAAUGCUUUUAAAUGCCUCAGCUGACAUGAGGUUUGUGGGGAAGACCUGUUUCUCUUGUUUCCAAGAUAUCAAUGUGUUUUGUUGUUUUUGUAAAAGAAAAGCAAAAUGCAUGGUCUGGUCUUGUAUGAUGCCAAAAAAAAUCCCAUAUGCAAUAUAUAUGUUCAAACAAAGAAAAACUGGUGUCUCAGUGCUUUACUUACCUCUGUUCUUUGUUACUCUAGCAGGAUGUUGCUGAUGUAUUUGAAAUUUUUGUGUGAUUGCUCAGGGCUGUAUUCCUGCUGUCUGCUAGAGAUAGAAAUGGUACAUUGUUAUACGUGACAUUCCUAAGUCACCAUGGAGUUUCAGAGCACUUGGACCACAUGAAAUCUUGUUUUGGCCUAUAAACUGCUCUAGUGUAAGGGGAAGAUGAAACAGGAGGAAUUUCGCUCAGUGUUCUUAGGGGAACAGACUUGAGGUUUGGUGAAUGUAUAUUGGUGUUGGAUGGCCUGGGCUGGUGCAUGCAGUGACUUGCCUUGGCCUGCAAACUGGUUAUGCCCGAUAGCAGAAGGGCUGCUGUUCAGGCAGAUCUUUGCAGAUGCAGCAUGAACCAGCUUGCUUGUCUGUGACCUGCUCUGAAUAUUUGGCUGUGGUGUCCACAUGGAGCACCUGCGUGGAUUAAGACGGAUGAUUAGAAGUUGAUGCUGUUGUGUCAGCCAUCAGAAUAAAGAUGCAGAAGGUAUGAAAAAGGUCUGUCUGGGACAAGCCUUUAGCUAGGCCUUGCCUGAGCUGAGUUUCUGGGAAACGGAGUAUGUGGAACAGGCUAGUAGGAUGAGGAUUUGCAGAAGGGAGUGGUUAGUUUUACUCAUUUCCAAUUGAAGUAAGCGCAGAAAGCAAAGCCUUUGAGUGUUUUUGUGUUUGUGGUUUUUAUUCAGCUUUGGGAUUUUGAUACUGUUCAGACAUGAUUGCCAUCUGGGCUGCAGGCAGUUUAUUAGAGAGGCAGAGUAUCCAAUGCCCAGAUAAUUGAUGUAGCUUAUUAAGCAAGAAAAGGCCCUUCUAGUGCAGUGUUCUUUUGGAUUUCUUUUCACAAUUACUGAGUACUUUUAAUAUAACAGCAUUAACUCAGUGUCUUUUCCAGAAGUCUGAAUAGUAGUUUUUACUCAGAAUUUAAACCAUCCAGUCUGACCCUCAGAAUCACCUUCCUACAUCUGCUGUCUUCAAACCAGUGCCUGAGGAGUACCAGCACUCAAUCCCCAGCCACCUCUUGUCCCAGUUAUUGACAAAAUCCUUGUGGAAAAUACACCUCAACCCCAAACUUUCCUGUGAUCUUUGGCUCAUAUUACUUUCUCUCAGCAGCUGGACUGUCUCAUCUAAACUUUGUGUGUUUCCAAAGUCUUUUCCACCAUGAAGUUUCUGUAGCCUUGAGUUUCAUCUUUACACUGAACAGUGUGUAUAUAUUGUCUGCAACUGUGAAAGAAAUGAAUUAAAAAUAAAUCUAAUGAGGACAGCUGGUAAAUGCAAGUGAUCAGAGUUUUAGCUUUUGUUACAACUUAAAUCUGAGUUUUAGGGAAAAAGGUAAGUUGAAAUUUUGAAGACAAACAUAAAAAGCAUUCUAACUGUAAUUUAUAAGUUUGGGGUUUUUGGAGAACUCAUUUGCCAUUAAUACUGAGCACAGCUGGAACUCUUAAAUCCCCAUGUUUCUCUCCCAUUCUCAUCUGUUCCCCCAACCCUAUUGUGAACUUACUGACCUGCUGAAGCCUGGAUUUACAUAUCCAUGUUUUAAAGGCAAAUCCAUCUAGUUUGUCUUCCUGUAUAUUCUAGACAUUUGUGUCUCUCAGAGUCUCCUGAAUUAUAUGUGCUAAUAACAUGUA